AUGUGGAGACGAACGUAUCUGUUGCUGCUCGCGCUCCGCGUUUACUUUGCGCUAUCGCCGAGUUACCUCCAUCCCGAUGAGAACUUCCAGGGUCCGGAGGUCUUUGCAGGCCACAUUCUCUCCUAUCCAUCCGAUUUGCCGUGGGAAUUUACCACCCAGAACCCGAUCCGCAGUGUCUUUCCUCUCUUGCUCGUUUACGAUGUGCCGAUCCGACUACUGAAAUGGUUCUACACCGAGACGGGGACGGUCAACCCGCCCCCACAGCUGGUCUACUAUGUGCUACGCGGAGUGAUGUUUCUCCUGAGCUUCGUGCUGGAGGACUGGGUCAUCUACGAGCUUGUCCCGGUGCCCCGCCAUCGUCGCGCGACCGUUGUCCUCGUCGCGUCGUCCUAUGUCACCUGGACGUAUCAGACGCACACCUUCUCCAACUCCCUCGAGACCCUGUUGGUGGCCUGGGGUCUGGUGUUGAUUCGUCGCAUUGUUGAGAACAAGUCUUCUUCCCAGCUCCAAGAAAGCGUCGAUCCUGACCCCCCGCAUCACAGGCCCUUCUCGCUCCUUUCCUUUGUCGGCUUCGGUCUAUGCUUCCUCUGCGUCGCCAUCGUCGUCGAUACUACAUUCUACAGACCAUCCGCCUCGUUCGGCGAGAUCCUCCGUGCGCCUAUCAUCGCGCCGCUCAACAACCUCUGGUAUAACUCGGACAGUGCCAACCUGGCGCUCCAUGGACUGCACCCGCACUACCAGCAUUUCCUGGUCAACCUCCCGCAACUCCUGGGCCCCGCGUUUGUGAUGAUGGUGCUGUCGCUGAGGAGACUACCGACCGUCCCGUCGUGGUUGAAGAACACGCGCGCAGUUUCCGCCAUCUCCGCCACCGCCAUGUUAUCCGUCUUCCCUCACCAGGAGCCGCGGUUCCUGAUUCCGUGCGUGCCGCUGCUCCUCAGCUGCUUCCGUAUGCGCCGAUCGCGCCUGUUCCUGAUCUCCUGGGUCGGCUUCAACGCCGUCAUGGGCUUCUUGAUGGGCGUCUACCACCAGGGCGGCGUCAUCCCCGCCCAGCUCGCCCUGCCCUCCAUCAUCUCCACCAACACGCUGGCCUCGGUCGCCGUCGCCGCGGGCCAGCAGCCCCCCGCCGUCUCCGCGACCGUCCUCUGGUGGAAGACCUACUCCCCGCCGCGGUGGCUGCUGGGCGACAACAGCAGCGUGCCGCUGGACAUCCACACGCGAGACUUGAUGGGCGUCCCCGGCCCCGACAUGGCCGACGAGCUCGAGCGCCUCGUGCCGUCCUGUGACGCGCACGCCGCCGCAGACCACCACCUCGACCAGGUCUACGUCGUCGCGCCCAGGUCCGCAACCUUCCUGGACCAGUACACGCCGUCGAGGCCCCCGUCGCAGCUAGAGCUCCACGAACUCUGGUCCUACAGCAAGCACCUCAAUCUCGACGACCUGGAUUUUGGCUCUGAUGGUGUCGUGCCGACGUUGAGGCGCGCGGUUGGUCGGCGCGGCCUCGUCGUCUGGGAAGCGCGCCGAGCCGGGUGUAGCUGA